UUGGUUAUGAUAACAUGAUAUGUUUUGUAAAAAAAAAAGUAUUUGAAAAAAAAAAUUGGUAAAGGGGUCUGUGAUUUCUAAAAGUCUGAUCAAAGAUUUGUGAUCUAUAAAAGGUUAAGAACCGCUAGUAUAUUACGUAAAUAAAUAUUUUUUUUUAAAUAAUGUAGUGUAUAAUUUUUUUAAACAAUCUCAGCAUAAAUUUUGUUUGAUAUAUACGUUAAAAUAAUGUCCAAGCGAGUAACAAACGAUCGCCCUGAUUAUUCUGAUCCUACUGAUGAUAGCGAUGGUAGUGAUUUUGAUGAAGUGAAGAAAAAGACUAUAAUGGUAGGUAGCGAUUAUCAAGCACAAAUUCCUGAUGGAUUGUCCAAGUAUGGAGAUGAUCCACCGUACCAAAAUGUUGAUAAACUUCUUUGGGACCCUCAUAAUACAACUGAUGCAGUUAUUGCUGACUAUCUUCAUCAUAUUCAUCAAAUUUCUCAUGGUAUAAGUAUAUUACCUAAAGGCAAGCAUGUACGAGAUGAUGAAAAUGCGUUAUUUUUACUUUUGCAAUGUGGAUUUAACACUGAAGAAGCAUUACGUCGAGUUUCAUUAAAUGAUCAAAUGUUUGGUCGAAGAGCCAUGAUGGUUUGGUCAGAAGAAGAAUGCAAAAAUUUUGAAAAUGGCAUCCGUUGCUUUAAUAAAAACUUUUAUUUGAUUCAACAGCAUAGAGUGACUACAAGGACAGUUGGUGAACUUGUUCAUUUUUAUUAUUUAUGGAAAAAAACAGAAAGGCACGAUGUAUUUGCUAGUAAAGAACGAUUAGAAAAGAAAAAAUAUGCUCUUCAACCAGGUAUUACAUUUUAUGAAGACGGUGAAAAUUCCGUACUAAAUCAAAAGACAAGUCAAGUUGGUAAUUGUUUAAUUUACUGUGAUCCAAAACGAUUACAACGAAUGGAAACAUCGGGUGUACAUGUCACUCUAGUGGAUAACUAAAGGGUUAUUUAAUGUGAGGAUGUACUACAUUUCUAUCAAGUAUUAUUAAUAUUUUAAUUUCCAAAUUAUUAUGUAAUAUUUAAAGUUAACACACCAUAUUUUAUUUUGAAUAAAAUUUCUGUAUCAUAUACAUCUUAGUAAUUAGCAUAUUAAAGGCAAUUUCAAGCAAAAUUAAAUACCUAACAGGGUAAAUCCAACAUAGUUUAAUUAUUAUUUAUUAA